UUUUAAUUCACCAGCACAUAGAAAGAGAAGGAUGAUCGUCAACCAGUUUACGAAUAACGGGUACGUCGACCGCGUUCUACGAGGAAGGCGAGGUUCACAUAGUUGAAAGUUGCGUGGGUUUAUGAAGGAAAUCGAAGAGCAGGAGUCGCGAACGAUCUCAUUUAUCUGAAAAAUCUCAGCCGUGUUGAGAGCGGCAAGUGCGUGACGGAAACUUUGAUUUCGUUUAUAACUUAUUAAUUUAUUUGUAUUAGUGAUUUAUAGCUUUUAUGGAAAAAUGUCAUUGCUGAUGAUCUUGCUCGGUGUUUUGUUGCAUUAUUGUGCAUUUGGUGCAUCGGAUGAACACAGAAAUCUGACGGGCGAUCAUACGUUAGGGGCAACACAUGUUAUGAAUAUGCCAUUAACACCUUCACCAGAGAAUAAUAUACGGCAAAUUCAAGGAAAUUAUCCUUUCCCUUCGCCUGGAUAUAGACCGCAAAGGUGUCCUUUAUGCGACAGUUCGAUUUAUCCUUACUGCGGUGAAAAAUUGCUACACGACGCCUGCUGCUGUACCGAUUCUCACGAUUUACCUUAUCAAUGUAGAUUAGCGGACUGUCGAUUUUUGCACGCCAAUAGCUGCAGAGAGCAUCGAUUAAUCGCUAAUUGCUGCUGUAGCGACGAUUAUCGCGCUAUCCUGAAAAGUCUCGUGCAGGAAUAAAUUUAUUACCUACUUUUGUAGGUAACUUGUGCAUCACGAAAACUAUAAAAAUUAUCAAUCUUAAUAAUGAAUAAAGUAAUUUAAUCCAUAAUUUACAGAAAAUUUAUUUAUAAAAAUUGUUAAUAAAAGUUAAAAAUUAAUAAAAUG